GAUGAGGACGGCCUGGUGCGGGGGCUGUCGGUGCUCUGCAACCUGGCCAACCAGCUCUACUACCCCUGCGAGCACGUCGCAUGGGCGGCUGAUGUCGGCAUCAUCCGCGUCGGCUCUCAGAAGUGGUGGACUCUGAGCACGGCGCUCUGGGCCUUCUCCCUGCUCCUGGGGAUCCUGCGAUCCCUGAGAAUCUUGUUCCAGUUAAGAAGAAAGCUGAGGCAGCACAAGUGUACCUCUUCGCCUCUGACUCGAAAAGAAACAAAAGCCCAAGUGAAGGCUGAAGUUUUGAGCAUCCUCACAGACCUGGCAGAUCUCUCCAACGCAAUCCACUGGCUGCCGCCAGGAUUUCUUUGGGCUGGACGCUUUCCUCCGUGGUUAGUAGGGCUCCUGGGGACCAUAUCUUCCCUGAUUGGUAUCUACCAAGCACAUAAAGGAGGAAAUUCCGAAGCUGUGUAA